UUUGGGGGUUGAGUCAGAGAGAGGAGAGGACUUUUUAAUUUCUGCAACAAGGAACUCUUUUUGUAUCCUGCUCACAGACAGACAGAGAGAAAAACAGGUCGGACGGGUAAAGAGACGCAAACAAACAGGAGGCGAGAGAAGCUCCGACACCCAGGCGGAGACACCGGGAAGUCGCAGCGCUUCAAGCCGGGACAAGGAGCGCGACCGCCGGCAUGAAGAUCGAGUUCGCCCCGCUGAACGUCCCGCUGCAGCGGAGACUGCAGACCGCCGCCACGCUGCAGUGGGUCUUCUCCUUCCUGGCUCUGGCUCAGUGCUGUCUUGCUGCCAUUGUCCUCCUGGCUCUCUCUGAUUGGUGGAUGGGGGCCCUGCUGUAUGCCGGUUGGCUGUGGUUGGACUGGGACACGCCCAGCAGCGGCGGUCGGAGGUCGCAGUGGGUCAGGACCUGGAGGGUCUGGGACUACUUCAGGGACUACUUCCCUCUAAAGCUGGUCAAAACUGUCGAUCUGGAUCCAAAGAAAAACUACAUCUUCGGGUUUCAUCCCCAUGGUGUGCUGGUAGCGGGGGGCUUUGGAAACUUCUGCACGGAGGCGACGGGUUUUUCCCGACUCUUUCCUGGACUGAAGCCUCACCUGCUGAUGCUGCCGUUCUGGUUCAGAGUCCCGCUCUUCAGAGAGUACAUCAUGUGUGGAGGCCUGGUGUCCAGCUCUAAGGCCAGCCUGUCGUACCUGGUCAGUCGUCCUGAAGGAGGUAACGUUGCUGUCAUCGCGGUGGGCGGAGCUCCAGAGUCUCUGGACGCCCGACCGGGAGCUUUAACGCUGCAGGUCCGAAACAGGAAGGGCUUCAUCAAACUGGCUCUCAAACACGGGGCUCAGCUGGUUCCUGUCUUUUCCUUUGGAGAGAACGAGUUGUUUGAUCAGAUGGAGAAUCCCACCGGCUCUCCUCUGAGGACGCUGCAGAACCGGCUGCAGAGCAUCAUGGGAGUCGCGAUGCCUCUGUUUCACGCUAGAGGAGUUUUCCAGUACAGCUUUGGACUGUUGCCCUACAGGAAGCCCAUCAACACCAUUGUGGGGAAGCCGAUACCAGUUGUCCAGACUCCCAGUCCCAGCAGUGAGGACAUCGAGUGUCUCCAUAAAGUUUACCUGGAGAGUCUGAGUGAACUGUUCGAGCAGCACAAACACAUCUACGGCCUCGACGAACACCAGCACCUGACCUUCAUAUAGACUCCUGACCUUCAUAUAGACUCCUGACCUUCAUAUAGACCCCUGACCUUCAACUCCUGACCUUCAACUCCUGACCUCCAUAUAGACUCCUGACCUUCAUAUAGACUCCUGACCUUCAUAUAGACCCCUGACCUUCAUAUAGACCCCUGACCUUCAUAUAGACUCCUGACCUUCAUAUAGACUCCUGACCUUCAUAUAGACCCCUG